GUGUUAAAAAGCCAAAGCAGACCACCUGUUUUAAACAGUCACCAGCUGACAGGGGUGGAAGAGUGAAGCAGCAGUUUGAUCCAAGUGCACAAAGAUAGAUUUCAAACCACAAACAGAGCAAUGUCAGACAGAAAGCCUUCAACAGAAGAAGAAACAAAAUAUGCCACUUCCUCUGACGAAAUUACGAAGAAAGAUCCAGAGGUGGAGGACAAGUGUUUGAGAGAUGAGUUUGUGUCUCUACAGGAGCUGGAAGAUGUUCUGCACUCAGGUCCUCACUCAUGUCACCAUGGAGAUGAAGUUUGGCCCCAAUUGUAUUUAGGAGACAUGUGAGUAUCUCAGUGAAGCAUUUCAGAAAGAUGCUUUUAAAUUCUAAUGUUUUUUUUUGUUUGUUUUUGUCCCGAUGUCAGGGUCAUGUCUCAUGACAAGUUCUUGCUAUGGCAGCUGGGCAUCACUCAUGUGCUAAAUGCCUCACACGGCAAACUCUGCUGCAGAGGCAGCGACGAUUUCUAUGGCACCACAGUGAAAUAUUACGGAGUUCCAGCUAACGAUCUGCCAACUUUUGACCUCUCACCAUUUUUCUAUCCCGCUGCAGAGUUCAUUCACCAAGCUUUAACAUCAGGAGGUACACUCUAUCUUUUAUAAACUUUAUAGAAGGAGUGGGACUUUUUUCAAACUUUGGUAACUUUGCUUCUUUUGGGAUUUUCAGGGAAAGUUUUUGUGCACUGUGCAGUGGGUGUGAGUCGCUCAGCAGCUUUGGUCCUAGCUUACCUAAUGAUUCAUCAUCAGCUCAGCCUUUUGUCCUCCAUACGCUGUGUGCAACAGAAGCGUUGGAUUUUUCCCAAUAGAGGAUUCCUACGCCAGCUUCUUGACCUGGACCAAAAACUACUGGAGGAAAGGCUCAUCAAUAAUUAGACAAUGAACGCUAUUCACAAUAAGUUAGGGAUAUUGUGAAAAAGUCAGUGGAUGUCGUACACACCUUGGUUGUUUCACUUUUCUGGUUUUUGGAAUAGGGAUUAAAUUGCAUUGGGGUGAUAGAAAUCAAUUUCAACAUUCUGCAGGUAUAAAAAGCUGAUUUUGUCAGGAAAAUUCCAAAUUCAUCAUUCAAACAGCCAUAAUGUUGCCUAAAAGACGAGCAGCACUAUCUGGCCAUAGCGCGCCCUCAGGUUGAUGCAGGUGAACUUGUGGUGUGUCUCAUAGUGUCAUCAGCAGACUUGCAUCAAGACAGAAUUACUGGCAGACUUUGGGACAGACCCAGGAGUGAACCCCCACCGGUGACACACGCAACCAUGACCAGUACCUAAGGACCGCCGCUUUGACUUGAAUAUCAGACGACCAUUGCAGGUGACUCCACUGACACCAAGACAUUGCCAUGACCAUUUGCAGUGAGAACAAGACCACGUGAUCAGGACAAUGCAGCAAAGGCUUUCUGUUGUGUUCACUGGUGAGAGUUGGUUCACCUUGCAUAGAAAUUCUGGAUGUUUUGAGAAGGCAAGAUGAAGUAAUAUGCAGAGGUCAACAUGGGUUGGUGGAGGAGUUGAAACAGUCUCAGAAAGCCUCACCAGUAAGCGCCAAACCAUUUGGUUAUUGUAGAUUGUCCAGCAUGUUUUUACUUCAGAGAUAUCAUCGCAUCAUCCCCCAAUUCCAUCAGCACAUCCUCAACUUUCUAUUCAUGGAUGAUGAUGAUCCACCACAUGGUACCAGAAAUGUGGGAGUGCCUCAUGUGGUUUGACCAGCAAUGACCUCUGACCUGAACUCCAAAGCGGAUGUCUGGAACCAGCUGAAGCAGAGACUGGAUGAUUGGAUCCCACCCCCAAAUAACGUAUAAGAUGCACCUGUGGAAGAGUGGAACACCUCAGAACAACAUCAUGAGGCUGGCGAGAAGCAUGAGACGUCACUAUCAAGCUGUCAUUGCAGCAAAUGGUGGAAGAUCUCAAGAAAUGACAUUGUCAAUUUUUUUUGUUUGGGGCUAUCUUAGUUAUUAUCUUAACUUUUGAGGUAAUAAAUAUCAAACAAAUGAAAAUUGUGUUUUUUCCCUUUCAUUAAUGUAAUAUCAAAAGGAACUUCCAGGUUAAAAUUCAGAUAAAAAAAGAAAAGCACUCGGGCAACAAAUAGCAUCCCUAACUUAUUGUGAGUAUUUGUGUUUGGAUAACAUAAGAGUAGAGGCGAACAAUUGAUUGUCUCACACUGACCAGAGUCCAUCAUCAGAGAAUCAAUCCAUCAGUCAAAUUACAUAACUAUGAUUCCCGCCAAACAGGAACACAGAGGGGUAAUUUUAGCCCAGAAGCACCUGCUCCUGCCUCUCUCUGUAGACUGUGGCAUUUGUGUUGCUGAGCUGCAGUGGGUUCAGACAGUGGCAGAAACCUGGAAGUCUGCUGAAGGUUACACUGUGUGCAGGCAGAAUGUCAGGGAGCAAACCGCGACAGGACCUGGUGCUCAUUAAAGAGCUGGAGCUCAUUUUGGAUUCCUGCAAGCUGGAGCUCACAGCAGUGGAUGAAAUCUGGCCCAACUUGUUCUUAGGAAACGUGGCUGCUGCACAAAACAAAAAGAAGCUUCAUAAUCUCAGCAUCACUCAUGUGCUGAACGCAGCACACUCCAAACAGGGCAGCAUCGGUGACGAAAGCUUUUAUGGAAACACGUGUGUUUACUUUGGUAUCCCAGCAGAGGAUUCGGAGCACUAUGACCUGAGUCAGUAUUUCAAAGUUGCUGCUGACUUCAUACAAAAAGGCCUGCAGAGUAAAGAAGGAAGAGUGCUGGUGCACUGCAUCAUGGGAGUGAGUCGAUCGGCCACACUCGUCCUGGCGUACCUUAUGUUAAAAGAGCGUCUCACGCUGAGAGAUGCUCUUAGGCAUGUGGUCCAGAAACGAGCAAUUUAUCCCAACCGGAACUUCCUGUCCCUUCUGCUCAAGCUGGAUGAACAGCUGGACAGAAAAAGGAGGCUGUGCCCACUUCUUUGACAUAAUCCUGCAAAAUUAUGUAAAUAUUGUCAAUUAAAUACAUUUCCAUGUAGUGAAUAAUUAAUUAAAAUAUAAUUAUAUGGUAGAAAAUUUAAAUGCAAUUUUAUUAAUUGAUUAAUCUGCUGUUAAUUCAUUUGUGAAGAUCCAUAAACACAUGUUUUUGUAUUUGUGUUAUUUAGCUUUAACAUAUAACUUAAUUAAAAAAACUGUUUAAACUUGUGUCUAACAAAGUUUUUUUGUUAUUUUUUUUGUAUUUUAACAAAAGUGUUUUCCA